AUGCUCAAGCGCCAAACCGCCGAUCAAUUCUCGUCCCGGAUAUUCCUAUGGGGGAUCGUGCUCAUCUUUGUUUUGAUCGUCCUUCACAACGCCAUAAACGCGUACAGGAUGAACAUGGCGUACGCCCUCACCCCGAAUCUGACUCCCGAAACUACGGUGAAGAUGCUUCAAGGCUGGCACCGCUGGGAACGCUAUGCAACGACUAUCAUAGCUCCUAUAAUCCACCGUACCGCAGAUAUGCUCAUUGGCCUCAAGAUUUACAGGUGCUACCUAAUCUGGGGACGAAAACCCCUCGUAAUCCUCCUACCAGCUACGAUAUUCCUAGGGAGCAUCUCAUUCAGCAUCCUCAACAUCUACUGGUUCCGCCACCGCGACGCCCUGCCCUCCACCACCAUGUAUAACAUCCUCACCGCCACUUUCCCUCUCUACUUUGCCCAAAACGUCAUCACCACGGGCUUGAUCUCGUACAAGAUUUAUUGGCAGUGGCGGAUGUCGGUGGAUGCGGGGCUGCAAGCUGCUGCUGGGCCGGGGAUGAUACCCCUGGUAGCUGUGGUGCGGAUCCUCGUUGAGAGCGCGGCGCUGUAUACGAGUCAGGUCUUCUUGCUUAUUCUGUUCCAUACGUUUUGGAGCCCGGGGAGUGCGAUGAUACAGCAACUACUCGUACCUACCGUUGGAAUCGCCUUUGCACUUAUCGCUAUUCGGACACAUGUGGGCCAGGGGAGGGACCUCGCUUCUCAUCCAACGGGUAUCGAGCUACCAUCCUUUCGAUGGGCGGAUUCUGGUAGUAGUACGGAGAGCAGGGUAGAAUGUGAAGGUCCUGAUGAGACGCUAACAGGGAGGACGAGGGAACCAGCGUGA